AUGUCGUUUCUGGCGCUGGAUGUGAUCAAAAAGGAAACUCCAUUUAUCCAGAAGUUCUACACCAAGACAUUAGGAGAGAUCAGAUAUGACAAGACCAAGGGUCGGCUACCUCCGAAGGGAACUAUACUUAACUGUAUUGUCAAAUGCUCGGCAUUACAUGGAUGUCAUUGCGUGCGAGUGAAUGUGGAGACCAAUGAAUGCAAUACUUUCCUAUCGACUGUCGACGACCCAAAUUCCGAGCGAAAUCAGUCGGUGUUAGAGAAAUACGUCUACUUUACUAAUAACGGUGACAGAGAAGGAAAUGGAGUGAAUCUGGCGAUCGGAAAGAAAGUGACCCAAAGCUCGACAUACAAUCAAUUCCAGGCCUCGAAGGCUAUCGACAACGACAGCCGCACUGAGAGUAAGACCAGUGGCGGCAAAACAAAGCGAAAGGGUACUCUUCCGUGGCUUCAAAUCGACAUGAAGGAGGAUCACGUCAUCACCGGUGUUAUGCUCCUCUCCAGCGACGUGGAUUCGCUGCACGACUUUGAGAUAAGGGUGGGAAACCGACAAAUCAAUAAAAGGGACAAGGACAGUCAUUUCACAGACAAUCCGGUUUGCUUUGGAUACGAUGGCAAUCACUUUCUCCAGAAAUCCGAGCCACGGGUCGUUAAAUGCGAGCCGUGUCCUUUGAUGGGAAAGUAUGUAACGAUUCAGAUCGUUAACAACUGUACGGAUUGUGUUAAUCCCGGAGACAAUUUCAUAAAUUUGGCUGAACUUGAAAUCUACGGAUAUAUUCCUAAAUGA